AUGGAAAGUACAGACUCGUCGGCGGAGUCUCCGAAACCCCAUCUGCCGCCGGGAUUCCGAUUCCACCCGACGGACGAGGAGCUCGUCGUUCAUUACCUCAAGAAGAAGGCGGCCGCCGCACCUCUUCCGGUGGCCAUCAUAGCCGAGGUCGAUCUCUACAAAUUCGAUCCAUGGGAACUUCCCGCAAAGGCUAUAUUUGGAGAGCAGGAAUGGUACUUCUUCAGCCCAAGAGACCGGAAGUACCCGAACGGGGCCCGGCCCAAUCGGGCCGCGACAUCGGGCUACUGGAAGGCAACGGGCACCGACAAGCCCGUCUUGACUGCCGGUGGGACCCAAAAGGUCGGCGUUAAGAAGGCCCUCGUUUUCUACGGUGGAAAGCCGCCCAAAGGCAUCAAAACUAAUUGGAUCAUGCACGAGUAUCGGCUGGCCGACGGCAAGGCCCAAAACAAUAAGCCACCGGGCUACGAUGUCGCCAAGAAGGGCUCUCUAAGGCUUGAUGAUUGGGUCUUGUGCCGAAUAUACAAGAAGAACAACACGGCUCAGAGGCCGUUGGAUCACGAGAGGGAUCCGACGAACGAGUUGGGUCUCGGGUCGAUCCAUGCGCUCAAGCCUCCGUCAAACUACGGCUCCUUUCUAGAAACCGAGCACGAUUUUUACGACCAACAAGGGAUGAUGUGCUCGUCCGGCUCGAAGGCACCAACACAGUCGUCGCUACAAUUCCCCUUCAUGACCGCAGACCCCACAGUCUUGUCCGGCAAGCGGACGAUGCAGAAUUUGUAUUGGGGUGGGGAUGAAAACGUAAAUUCCGCCCCCCAGCAGACGAAGAGGUUCAUCUCGGAGAACUGCGAGGGGGGCUCGAAUAAUUCGAUGGUCAACAACAUUUUGAGUCAACUGCCUGCUCAGUCGCAGGUGGUGAUCGAGAAUAAUAUUGGGGACGGGGUUUUUCGCCAGCCUUACCAGGUUUCGGGCAUGAAUUGGUACAAUUGA